ACUCGUGCUUCAGCCAUUGCCUCAGCUCCCUUGCGCUAACAGCUGUAUUUCGUCAGAUUUUCAAGAUUUGCUUCAAAUUAAUCUUUUUGAUGGCCUGAGAUUUGAGUUUUUCCGUGUUCAAGCUGUAAGUUUUGACUUGGGCUGUUGUAAGCUAAAUAAUGGCUGCUAACGAGAGCAUAAGUGAUUUUGAAAAUUGGUUGUGCAAGAAACUAACGGAGUUGGAAAUUGACGCUGAUGUUUAUGGAUCUUAUAUCACUGGCAUUUUGGAGGAAGAAGAUGAAUCUGAAAAUAAAAAAGAGGCACUGGAAGGAAUUUUAGGAUCUUUAUUAGAAGAUCCAGAAGGAUUAUGUGAAGAAGUGUUAGAAAAAUGGAAACCAUUUACCGAGAAGAAUGAAACAAAGGCAGAAACAAAAUCAACAAUAGAAGACAUUCUAGCAGCUCAUUCUGCGAAAGUAACGAACGUACAAGCAACAGAGAAACCAACGAAUAAUAACAGUUCGGCAGGAGAUUCGGCAAUGAAAAGAGCAUUGCUUGAAAAAUAUGCUGAGGUUUAUGAAGAAGUCGAUGAAGAUGAACAAGAAAUGAAGAAACAGCCAUCAAAGCCUUAUGCGCCAACUUUAGGAUUAUUUCAAAAUGUAAAUGUGAAAACAGUCAGUGAUGCAGAGAAACAGAAAAGAGAGAAACAAAAAGAAGAGAAUCAAAAGAAAAAAGAGAAAGACAAGCUCGACAGACAGAAACAAAUGAUGAAAAAAGAAGAACGCAAAGAAAAAGAAAAGAAACGAACUCAAAAACAAGAAAGGAAAGCCAGAUAGCACUAAAUGCUGCAAUCAAAAUUUAUAUAUAUAUAUUUCUUAAUUUAGGCAUUUUCCAAAUUAUAGUGGCUUGGUCGGUACUUGGGAGCUGUAUUUAUUUUUUGUUUAUUGGGUAAAAUGUCACCUGGUGGGGUAUUAGUACUCCCGUAUGUGUGCCAGGUUAGGGUUAGGCCAUAAUUUUAUUCUGAUUUUCCUUAUUUUUAGUUGCGAGUUCGGGGACUGUCCGUGUCAGCCUCGUGAAUAUACCCCCUGCCCAUAGGUUUCACAUGCCCAUACACAUGUGUGUAUUAUCCUAAUCUCUAUUUGCUUGUCAGUACAACUAAAUAUAUCUGAGACUACUACCUAUCCGUCUGUAACAUACUUCAUCUUGUGGCGAAUUGUUAUGACAUUCAUACUUUUCUCUUGCAUCUUUGUUGCCAUGGUUUUAGGAAAUAAAUUUUUAUGCAACCUCCAAAUACUUUGUUCCCAAUUAAAUAAGAGCUUAUCUCUUUGCAGUAAGACAUCCUAAAUCUAAAACUAAAUAACAUGGCUAUUGGUUGCUCUCUCACAGACCAAAUUCAAAGAUUGUAUUAAUUAAAUAUAUUCUCAUUACACAUUAACUCGGUGACAUUAUUAAAAGUUAGAAAUUCAUAUCUUUUUAACGAAUACACAAAUUGUUCGAUUUUCCAUUUUAUUUUUUUCAUCCUAAUUCAACCUAGCUAAAAGACUUUCGUCCUUUCAAAAAUAUUUAAAGGCGCACUUUGAAUCCAUUUUUUAAAUCCCAAAAAUCGACCGUGCGCAUCAUAAGUACGCGCGCCGUAUGUAUGUAUCAGGUAGACCAGGGGUCGGCAACCUCCGGGCCGGAUCCGACCCGCGGAGUAAUAUAAUCCGGUCCGCGAUGCUUUACUGAAUUAUAGUAACAAAUCAACUGUUUUGACAGUUAUAUUAUUCACGUAACAGAAUUUAUUGUGAUACACGUGCAGUCUAAAUUAUGUUAUAAUCUUACAAGUAUAAAAUUCACAAUUACACGUUUAAUGAUCCUAUACUUAAUUAUAAUUAAACAAAUGGCAACUAAACGCACAAAAGUUGAUGCAGAGCGCAAAGGGUUCAUGGCGCCGAAAAUAUUCAAAUGGGAUUUUUUGGGAUGCAAUGCGGGAAAAAAUCUAUAUUCUAUUCGAGAGAUGUAUCACUGCUUGAUUUUUAUUACAAAAAGUAGCAUCAGUUCGGCCUUCAACUUUCUAAAAAUAUGUGUGGCCCGCCAAUGACUUGCAACCCCUAAUUUUGGCCCGCGAGAGACGAAAGGUUGCCUACCCCUGAGGUAGACUUUGGGCUCAAUUACCUACAUUGGUAUUGCUUCAAAAUCGUUGCGUUUUAUAGGCCGAUGCGCCCUAUUAUGGAUGAAUAAAAACCCAAUCUAAGCAAUUUAUUGGCAUUUCUUCUUAUAAUACGUUGCUGCCUUAUGGCCCGUGAAAUAGGGUAAUUGAAUACUUAUUUAUGGUGUCCCUGCUAAUUAAAAAAUUCUAAAUGUCGAUUUAGCCACUGUUACAAUAGUCAAAACUUAAUAUCGUAUCUGUGUUUAAAUCAAAUCACAAUUUUAUUGAUUUCAUGAUUGUUAUCAAACGUGAUUUUUUUCUGGUCAAGUACGUUUUACAGUUGUAACUUGUGGAACUCGCAAAUACUAUAUUCUCUCUGUGAUGUCCCUUUUCUUGUUGAUGUAAAUAUGUAAAAUUAAUACCUGCUCAUAAGCAAGCGUUAUAUACCGCAAAUUUUACCAACAUUUAGAAUUCCUCUGUGUCAAGACUGUGGAAACUGUAUAUUUGCAUAAAUAAGCCUGUUUAGUAACCACUCGUUGUCUUGUUGAUUGUUAAAAUACCUGGCGUUGUCUUCUUCUCUGUAUUUUAUGUCGCAAAUGCCAAAUAUAUUGAACACUU